UAAGUGAGCUGGUCAAGUCACACAACUAGUGAGAAAAUAAGCAGGGAUUUAAAUCUGGGCAGCUUGAGUCUAGAUCCGUGUUCUUACCCAAUACGCCAACUGGCUAGUGGGCUGAAAGCCAACUUGCUGCGAGGUUGGCAUCUUCCUGCUUUUUUUUCCCCCGGGCUCAUCCUUUCCUUCUAGAAAUCCUUGGGAGCUCUGGGUUUGGGGAAGAGAGCAGGCAGGAGGGAGGGGAGGGUGAACGGAACGGGCAGGAGAGAAGCCCACUGAAGAAGGGGCACUUGGGCUCAUUUGAAGGGGAGCGCGGGGAAAGUCUUGAGGGGUUUCUCUAGACCCAUAGGGGGCAGCGGAGUCGGCUGCCGGAGGUGCGGGGGCGGAGAAAGGGUGGGGACCGGCCCCGCGGGGGGCGAUGCGGUAGCUGCGGCGGCGGCGGCAGGAGUUUCCCACAAUGCAGCGCGGCGCGCUGUCCCCGGUGCUGAUGCUCAGCGCUGCCCCGGAGCCUCCGCCGCGCCCGCCUCCCGCCCUCUCCCCGCCGGGCCCGGGCCCGAGCCCCCGCCAUGGCUCCGCUCGCCCGGGGCCGGCGCCAGAGCCGUCGGGGGGCCUGGGCGCGGCGCUCGACAGCAGCCUGCGGGCGGCCGUGGCGUUCAAGGCGGAGGGCCAGCGCUGCUACCGGGAGAAGAAGUUCCGGGAAGCCAUCGGCAAGUACCACCGCGCGCUGCUGCAGCUGAAGGCGGCGCAGGGGGCCCGCCCUGGCGGCCUGCCCGCCCCCGCCCCCGGGCCCCCCAGCAGCCCCGGGCCGGCGCGCCUCAGCGAGGAGCAGCGGCGCCUGGUGGAGAGCACGGAGGUGGAGUGUUACGACUCGCUCACGGCUUGCCUGCUGCAGUCGGAGCUGGUGAACUAUGAACGCGUGCGCGAGUACUGCCUCAAGGUGCUGGAGAAGCAGCAGGGCAACUUCAAGGCCACCUACCGCGCUGGCAUUGCCUUCUACCACCUGGGCGACUAUGCGCGUGCGCUGCGCUACCUGCAGGAGGCCCGCAGCCGGGAGCCCACAGACACCAAUGUCCUCCGCUACAUCCAGCUGACUCAGCUGAAGAUGAGCCGCUGCAGCCUCCAGCGGGAAGACAGCGGGGCCGGGGCCCGGGACGUGGUUGGCUGAGGCCAGCCUGGGGGACGUGGCUCCCCCACUCCCUCCCAUCGCACAUGUACCUUCCCCUCACUCGUGUGUUCGCUGGUAAAACACUUGUCACUGGUGACCAU